AUGGCAUUAAUGCAAUCUUCACACCAAGCUGCGCAAAAGAUUGUUGCACGCUCGCUCACAUUCACAAGCAUACGCGGCAUCAAUUCGAGGCUUGAUCGAAACUUUUCCAGCGUAGCACGAGGGCAUCGCACCGACCGCUCCCCAAGCUCCAUUGAAAGUCACGUACGCCAAUCUGCGGCGCAGAAGCGCUUUUCAUCAAAUAGCAGCCCGGAUGGUAUUGACCUCAAGCGCACAAAAGACUCGCUAGAGAAUGAUCGUCGCUUCAAAGUGACCCUCAAGCUGCCGGACGGCUCCCGCCAAACCCUCAGCGUGCUGCCAACGCCCAAGGCCAAGAUCAGCCCACUGAGCGAGCAGCUUGAACAACUCCUGGACCAUUCACCAGACCAAACCCCAUUCUCUAGACCAUGGUCCCUUGAUGCUUUGGGCGACGCCAUCCACAGCCAGCGGUGGUUCGUCACCAGGGACGAAGCCGAGGAUGCGGUGCGCCGCAUCGGCACCAAGGCCGACGAGAUGAAGCACCACCCCCACCUGUCCAUCGGCGUUUGCUCCCCAGGACGCCUACGUGCGGAGGAUGAGGAUGCGGAUGCGGAUACAGAGUGGUAUGGCGGCCACCUUCUACUGAUUACGUGCACGACGCAUAACCCCCGGGGACUUGGCAUGAGAGAUGUCAAGCUCGCCAGGGCCAUCGAUGAGCUCUUGAAGGGCGGCAACAUGCAGCAAUACGCGGAGAGGUUCUGGUCAGAGGCGCCUGGGGAGGUCGACAGGCACGAUGGGCCGAAGCCGGCCGAGCUCAUCGAGUCACUUGUUCAGAAGCAUCGGGAGGAGAUCGACUGCGCGGUCUGCAAACGGUGA